AUGUCUGGAAAGCCCUUGGCGUCUACGAGACGUUCGGAGCGGGAUGCUCGCACGACCAGAGACACCGAGGACGAGACAUCGAGUAAUCGCGCUUGGUACCAAUUCGAUCUUGCCGUUGUCGCUGCCCUCGUUUCACCAGUAGGAAACCUUCUUACCGGAGGCGACCUCGUGAAGAACUUGCUGUAUAUAUUGCUCCUGCUAUUUUACUUGCACCAGCUCAUUGAAGUUCCUUGGUCGAUGUAUCAGAGUGCUAGACCUCGUCGUCGCUCACCACGCUUACCCCCCGAUCCUUCUCCCGACGACAUUCCCAAGAAAAACGCCCAUACAGAACUCCGAAGAAUGGAAAUAUUCUUUUUGAUUCUGGCGACGGUGUCUCCCUUCCUCGGAGCCUCAUUUCUUCGUUACAUCCUAACCCUGAUCGCAGGCGAAGACGUCCUUACCUGGUUCAGCACUGGCCUCUUCCUUCUCGCUACCGGCAUCCGUCCGUGGACGCAUGUCGUUGAACGUCUCACCCUCAGAAUAUCGCACCUCCAUGAUGUCAUACACUAUCCUAGCCCUGAGCAGACCACCGAGGAUCUGCGGCAACAGUUAGCGGACCUGAAGCAGCAGAUGGAGAGGGUCGAGCACACCCUGGGAAAGGUUCGGCGGAGAAUGGAUGAUGGAGCGGAGGCGAUGUAUGAGUACGUGGACGAAGCCGUAGACGUUGUCGAGAAGAGCAUGCGGAGGCAUGAGAAGAAGUGUGAGAAGCAGGAUCAGAGGGUCAAGGACAUUGAGAUUUCUGUGGAGUCGCUGAGGAAGGUUCGAGGACGAUAUCUGGAUGCGAACGUGAAUCCUUCAUUGCUGUCGUACAUCUUGCCCACAUGGCUGGUCUCUCCACCCCCACGUCCAUCUGUGAAGUAUCCUCCCCCGCUUUCGCCCUCGUUUUCUACGGCGUCAUCUUCCUUCGCACCCUCAGAGCGCCUACCAACGAUACCCGAAAAUGGUAGGCUAAAUUUACGAAAACCUGCUCCGGAGCGUCCUACGUGGUUGGGUGCGAGGCUCCUCUACGGUACUCUCUCUCUCAUGACGCUCCCUGUCCGCGUUGCGGUCGCUGUGGUCGACCGGACUGUAUAA